AGUACAAUUUGGCUAUAGUUGAAAAUAAGAGGCUCUUAUUUCCUUGUAGUUAUAACCAUUUCCUUUGAUAAUCAGUAUACUGUGACUUGUGUUUGGGAGGAUGGCCCCCAGGUACGAGAUAGCAGUGGGGCUCCACAAGGGCCACAGGACCACCAAGAUCCGCAUCAGCAAGAGCAAGACAGUGCACGACCGCAAGCACACCAUCCGGCCGGCCAGGCUGAAGGGUAUCCAGACAAAGCACACAAAGUUUGUGCGCGACCUGGUGCGUGAGGUGUGUGGCCAUGCCCCUUACGAGAAGCGAGCCAUGGAGUUGCUGAAGGUAUCCAAGGACAAGCGAGCCCUCAAGUUCCUCAAGAGAAGGCUGGGCACGCACAUCCGUGCCAAGAGGAAGCGAGAAGAACUGAGCAACAUUCUUACGCAGAUGAGGAAGGCCCAAGCACAGGCUAAAUAAAUGUUGUUCACUAGAAAGGUUUUGUCUUAAAUAAAGUUAAAUAAAGCCUGUAA